AUUAGUAGCUUGGCGUGAGGAAUCUGGUGCUGCGAGCAGUUGCCGUCAUAUCAGGGUUGAUGGACGGCCACGGUAUGGGACCCCCGCGAUAUAAAACCGUUAGAAUGAUGGUGUGCGAGACAGGCUAACGUGCAGACACGCAUCAAGCCACUUCCGAACCUCGACGCCGCCUCGGUUUCCUUCAAAACUCUCCGGUAAGUUUCGUGUCAUGGAUGAUUCUCGUAGACUCUGUCCGAUAAUCUCAUGGGUAGAUUUAUGCAUGGGGAAACUGUCAAUGGUGAUUACGGCGGGAUUGAGGGAGAUUUAUCUUGUCAUUCUUCGCAUAUCAUUUUCUUCUUUUUUUUUUGUUUAAGCCCAAGAUACAACGAAAUGAAAUGCCAUACACACACUUUAAAAAAAUCUCUCAGGUUUCAAAUGAAACGGAAAUUUUGUAUAUGACACAUAUGUCAAUGAUAAAAUUAUUGAAUACAAUCCAAAGCUUGCUAUGUCUGGAGUAAUAAAUGUGACGAAUUAGUCGAUUUUUUCCCCCUGGAUUAGACAUAAUUUUAAUUUGGGUGCAUACCUGUUAAAAUUAUAUAGAUUAUAUGAAAAACACGACCUCAUCGUUACGUGCUACAAUCGCCCCUCGUGGUCCAAUGAGCUCAACGUACGUUUAUGACGUCAUAUGACGUGUUACAAUCGCCCCUCGUGGUCCAACGAGCUAAACAUACGAUUAUGACAUCAUUAUACGUCUUUAAUAUGUAUUUUAAAAACUCAUAUAUUCAAUAUGAAAUUAUACUUUUUUUCUCUCACAGAUAGUGCAUUAUUUCGUUAAAUUUUUUGUAUGUUGUUUCAACGUUUUCAAAAUACUUAGAAAACCUAUCUUACCUAUUAAAAUAUGAAUUAGACCAUUUGAGCUCCGGCUCGUAUAUCAUAAGACCUUUGAAAAAUUUGAUCACCUGACCAUUUGAUCAUAAUGACUCAUUAUUUGAUUUAAUUUGAGUUCCUCGUUGAUCUCUUGUGUCAGCUUGAGAUUAGAAACCUUGGUAACAAUAAUAAUGGUAGAUAAUUCGCCAAGGGACAGAAGCACGAGAUUUUUCUUAAUGUGUCCACCUACUAACCAGUGGUGUAGCUAGGGUCUGUGACACUCGCGGCGCUGCCUGAUCAUCCAGCCUUUCAACCGUGACAACCGCAAGAGAUUCUUCUUACACAAUCUUGAUAGCAGCCCAUAAGAUAAGAUCAUUUUACUGAUCCAAAUAAAUGGAAUUUUUUUUUUUUCCACCCAUUCAUUGCACGCAUUUUUUUUGCUGGUCAUAAGCUUUAGUUAUAUUAUAAAUAUACUACGACAACGCACGGGGCUCUGGUCGGUCGCCCACUUCGCCAUCUCCUAGCGCCGGCCCUGACUUUUGAGUUCUUGAGUGUGAGUAGCAAUAAUUAUUAACAUAGUCUUGGAUUUGUCUCGCUUUUUUUCCCCCCUCCAAGUUCAGGGACAUUCCUUUUGUGUCAGGCCGAUUACUCUUGGGGUUGGGGGGGGGGGUCGUUUUGACAUCCCCCCACCCCAUUGUUGACAAUAUGGCGUACUAGUAUUUUCAAAGACGUAAAAAUAUAUGCAGUGGACCACAAACAGCCUUCCCCACACCAAAAAGCGGGCCACCUGGAUGAACUCUUUCCACUCGUCACCUGACGGCUGCGCCUACCACUCCUCACUUAUUCAUUAUACACAUUAUGUUAUUGUCCAUCCUGUUGUCUUCAACAAAUAAAAUUUUAAAAAAAAAUUAAAAUUCAACAAUUUAAUAUUUCAUUUUUUAAAAGCCCUUUUCGGGGUUAUGAGAUCAAGUACAUCACUUUUUUUCAAAACAGUGUCAGCUUAGUUUUUAUUAUGAGUGAAAAAGACAUCGCUUUGUUAACAUCAAGACACAGAGAGGUCACCACAUUGUUGCGGGCCAUGCAAGCCAUCCAUCAAUUGGACAUCUAGGGAUAUAUCACCUCGUCCCAGUGAUCAUUGUGGAUAAACUAUAAAAAAAAGAGGUCUUCAUGGAGCUUAAGCCGUCAACAUGAUCGCAUUUCGUUAGUGACAAAGUUUUAUUGUACAAGGUUGUGUAAGCGUUGAAAUGAAUCUAUUGCUGGUUCGGUGUAUGCACACAAGAUUGAUUGGUGUACCAGACAUUCAGUGGUCGGUCGUCUAGUGCACCAGACAUCUCACGGUCGGCCGUCUAGUGCACCAGAUAUCUCAAGGUCGGUCGUCUAGUGCACCAGACAUCUCACGGUCGGCCGUCUAGUGCACCAGACAUCUCACGGUCGGCCGUCCAGUGCACCAGACAUCUCACGGUCGGCCGUCCAGUGCACCAGACAUCUCCCGGUCGGCCGCCUUAUCUCACGGUCGGCCGUCUAGUGCACCAGAUAUCUCAAGGUCGGUCGUCUAGUGCACCAGACAUCUCACGGUCGGCCGUCUAGUGCACCAGACAUCUCACGGUCGGCCGUCUAGUGCACCAGACAUCUCACGGUCGGCCGUCCAGUGCACCAGACAUCUCACGGUCGGCCGUCUAAUGCACCAGACAUCUCAUGGUCGGCGCUCUUUGAAAUGUGAGCAACAGACUUACAUCAAUUACACAUGCAUCUUUCAACACGUUGAUAGCAUUGACAUUAACAUAUCAUUAGCAUAUUGACUUUAGCAAGACUGAUCCUAUCUAACAACAAGUUUAAAACUUAAAUUCCUGCAAUAUGGGGGUGUGUUCAUUUUGGGCUUUGAAAAAUAUAUUGUUGUAAAAAAAACAAUUAAAAAAAAAACAGAAAAAAAAACAAAAACAAAAAAACAGGUUUCAUUUUCUAGGACUUGAUAUUUGAAAAAAAAACACCAAAAAAAAAACAACAAAAAAAAAAAAAAAAAAAAAAUAAAAAAAAACAAUAAAAAAAAAAACAAAAAAAAAAACAAAAACAAAAAAACAGGUUUCAUUUUCUAGGACUUGAUAUUUAAAAAAAAAACACCAAAAAAAAAACAACAAAAAAAAAAAACAACAAAAAAACUCUCAUAUCAAAAUGAGAUCAAAAUUUAUCUUAAUGGUUUAAUUUAUUUAGGAUAUAAUCUUUGAUGGUAACACUUUAGGAAACGUUUCUUUCAAAUCUCCUUUUAUUUCACUUAGACUUCUUUAGCGAUCUUGUUUUGGUCCAGUUCUUUGUCCUAUCAUUAGACAUGUGUCUGAUGGGCCGAAGAUGCGGAAACGUUGAGUCAUUUCUUUAUUGGUCUUAGAUUUUAAGCCUUACGUACACACUUAUCACGGAAGACUCAUUUAUCUACCUUUAUUAAUUUCUAAAUUAUAACCCGAAGAGUUAACUCAGAUCAUUACCUGAAGAGUUGGCUAGGAUCAAAACCCGAAGGGUUAUCUCAGAUCAUAACCCGAAGAGUUAACUCAGAUCAUAACCCGAAGAGUUAACUCAGAUCAUAACCCGAAGAGUUAACUCAGAUCAUAACCCGAAGAGUUAACUCACAUCAUAACCUGAAGAAUUGGCUCUAGAGGAAAUGUGUUGUGUGGCAUAAUCAACGAUGAUUGGGAAACUCAAGAAAUAUUCAUAUUGACGAUUUCAUUGUACUUGAUUAAUCAUUAAAAAGUAUAAGAAUAAAUUGAAUGAGACUAUAAAUCAACUACAUUUUUUAUUAGCGGGGACCCAUCAUAUGAUAAAGCUCUCCCUCUCUCUGUCUGCACCUCAAAUUUCCGUCCUAUGUCAGGUCCUGUCAAGACAGAGUCUGCACUUCGAAUUUCCGCCCUGUUAGGUUCUGUCAAGACAAAGUCGGCAGUUCAAAUCUUCGUCCUAUGUGACGUCCUACCAAGACAGAGAUAGUUCAAUUCUCCGCUUUAAUAAUGAAUCAUCUCCAAGCAUUACUUGUCAAACAAGAACACCAAUGCUAUUUAUUAACGACCCCCCCCCCCAAUAUAUAUGUAAUGGAUUAUGUUAACUGUUUGACUAAAUCCCUGUGAUAUUUUUUAUUUAUUUUGUACACAGGCCAAGAUGUCACGUGCCCAGUGUGUUGUUCUACUGGUGAUUGUGUCGACGAGUGUGUGCUUCGGUAAGCCUCUAAAAUGAUGUUUGUUACUAAGAUUAUUGGGUCCCGCACGUAGUCCCUAUUGAACAAAUAAAUAAAUAAAAAUAUGUUUGUGUUUUUGCCACUAGGUUUAAAUACGCAAUACCCAGACGACAUUGAGGAAGAAAACAUACAAGUAAAAAAAGUGUCACACAGCUUAGUGCUUAAAACUCCUCUAGAAAUGUGUCCUAAGUUGCUUGAAUAUCUAUGGAUACAUUUUAAUGAAAUCUUUAAAUUAUAUAAGUUUAAUUCCCCCCAUCCCCCCCCCAACACAUAAAUAAACAUUACAACACCACAUGUUUCUGCACGACACCACAUCACAAUAAAUAGGAAAUGGGGGGGGGGGGGGGGGCAACACCCAUUGUGCCAUUUGGAGUUUCAAUUUUAUUUUAGAUUUUUAAAUGAUGACAAGAGCGAAUAGUUCAAUAUGCCUAUUCGGAACUCGCUGACUAGCUAAAGUUCUCCUGUCGCUCACAAUAUUUCUUUCAGUGAAGAUGUUUACAUCUCCUAUGUUACAGUCUUUUUUGAGCUCAUUUUUUGACUUAUUUGACUUAUAAAACAAGAGCAAUUUUUGUGGUUCAAGCAAGUUUUCUGCUAGACUAUUAAGGCACACAAAUGGGUACUUCUUGCAAAUGUUGUCCGUCCAUCUUAUGUCUAGUACUUCUCUCACUUGAAUAGAGCUAACAGUUAUGACUCAUCCAAUUGUUUUUGUCAUAUAUAUAGAAAGGAACGGGGGAUUAAGACUAUGGUGGCGUUGACCCUGCCGUCAAAUACCAUCAAACGAGCAUCUAACAUUGUAACCAUCUGCUCAUUCACAGGACAAAUAUUUCCCCCAUCCAACGGUUGGGCGCCCCCCGGAGGCUCCUCCCCUGGAUUGGGCGGACUGGCUGGCUUGUUCUCCAACCCGUUCUACGCCAUGAUGCUAUCCGGACAAGACUUGAGCAAGGCGUUGUACACCUCGGCGCUCUUUAACGGACUUGGUCUUGGGGGUGCUGGAGGUGCUGGGGGCGGCGGCCUGCCAGGCGGUAUGCUCUUCCCAUUCGGGCUGUAUCAUGCGUUGAACUAGUCUACAUCUCCACGUUUAUCUCCUCUUCACGAGAUACGCUUUUCGCUUGCAAGCAGCACGACGGAGGCAAUGAUAGACACACACGGGGUGGGGUGGGGGGGUGGUCAUUAAAUUGGCGCCUUCGGCUCAACUGUAAUAAUAUUGUCGUUUAAUAAACAUGUUUUUUAUACUUUUAUAUUAAAAUAAUUAUCGUAACUUUACACAAAUCAAUAAAGUUGAAAGAUUGCUGUGAUGCGUUUGUGAGUUCUGUGUAUUUUUAUAUCAACUGUACGAAUAGAAAAUUGUGUCCAAGCGGUGUUGGCAUAAACCUAUCACUGUCACAGCUAAUUUAACAAUAACUUAAAAUAUCCCUAUUACUGUUAACAUUACUAGUACUAUAGCAUGGACGAUUACCUUGUGACUUCGUUUACUACUACCGUUG